AUGCUUUGUUCAGACGCUCACGAAGUCUCCCCAGAUCUAAUAGUCUUACAAUUAACCGCCAAGGCUGGUCUUGUUCAAGAAGCCAAUUAUCCCAGUCCGGGGAAAUACGAUAACUAUUUCAAUGCCAUUCGGUCCGAUGCCACACUGAAUCUGGCGUUGUUGUGUCCCAUUAACUGGUUUCCAUCGCAAAAAAUUAUUUGGAGGCGCCGAUUGAGUAUUAAUAGGACAGACAACAUGGGCGAAGUGCGUCGACAGUCCAGCAACGUCACUGCGACUACCAGAAGCAACAGCGGCGGCAGGUACUAG